UCACACUCUUAUCUAAUUAUGAGCGCUGAAGCUGCCGCCGCUCCUUCUGUCCAGCACCGCCAGUCAGUCAACACCUACUCCGUGUCCCCUCAGACCGGUGUCACCUACACUACUCUUCCCCCACAAGGUGUCACUAGCUACGCUACGGGUCAGCCUACUACCUCUACCUCCUACGUACCACCGGAAGGUCAGCAGGCCCUUCCACAGGUCUAUAUGGAUCCUGAUAGCAUCAAGCACCAGAAGACUCAGAGCCUCUCUAUGCUCGAUAGUCAACUUGGUAUGGCGAAGGACUCGGCAAAGAACGAGUUUGAGCAGGCUAAGCAGUCGAUUAAUAUGAAGGCCAAUUAUGAUCUGCAAACUACCACCAGUGCUAUCGAGCAGUCUCGUGCCCAGGCAUUGUUCGCGUUGGAGCAACAGCAUCAGCAACGACGAAUGGAGAUCGAGCAGAGAGCUCAAGAGCAAAGGAUGCAGAUCGAGGCUACUGCCAGUCAAUUGUGCAUGCAAGCUCAACAGCAAAAGCUCCAGAAGGAGAUGGCUGACAAGAUGGCUAAACUCCAGCAGCAGCAGGCCGCUGAGCAACAGAAGCAACAACAGCAACAACAACAAGCGACUUCCUAUGUCCCCGCUCAGACCACGUCGUACAUUCCCCAGUAUGUGACUUCUCAGACCGGCUCCUAUGUGCCUCCUCAGACGGUCCAAUACGUCACUUCUGGUCCCUCCACUGCGGGUCAGCAAACUACCUAUUCUUCAGCAGCUCCUGGUGUGACCUAUUCGUACGGUGGUGGAUACCCGGGUGCCUCUGCGGGUGUACCCUCGUUUGGCACCUAUAAUAUGCAACUUCCACAGUACGGCCAACCUCAAGUUGUGAGCUCUACUAGUGUGCAACCAACGACUACCACCACAACCCAGCAAGCUACCUCUGCUCAGGCUUAGUGUUGUAAUUGAGUGAAGGAUUCCAAAGAACUCUUUCUGUGCAUUAUUGUUCAGAGAGGAAGGAUAUCCCUAGCGAUGACGUUCUUAUA